AUGGCACCGACCGUAGUCCUCAUCACGGGCGCAAACCGAGGCAUUGGCCGCGGCCUCCUGCAGCGCUUUCUGGCCCUGCCCGACCACACGGUCAUCGCCGGGAAUCGAAACCCUGCCCAUCCGUCAUCGCAAAGCCUCGCUGAACUCCCCCGCGGCCCGGGCAGCAAGCUCAUUGUCGUCAAGAUCGACGCCACGGUCGAGCAGGACCCGUUCGACGCCGUCAAGGAGCUGCAGGAGAAGCACGGCAUCGAAUACCUCGACAUCGUCAUCCCCAAUGCGGGCGUCUCCUUUGCGUGGCCGAAGGUGGCCGACGUGAAGCUCGAUGACCUGCGCGCCCACAUGGCGCCGAACGUCUUCGGUUUCCUCACCCUCUACCAGGCCACCCGACCUCUUCUGCAGAAGUCCACCCGGGAGCCGAUUUUCGCCCCCAUUGGGUCGACUGCUGGCGUCCUUGCGCGGCAACCGCCUAUAACUAACGGGACGUACGGCCCCACCAAGGCGGUGGUCAACUGGUACACCAUCCGCAUCAACGCCGAGGAGCCCUGGCUGAACGCGUUCGUCAUGGACCCCGGCUGGGUGCAGACGGACCUGGGGAACGCGGGCGCUCAGUACUUUGGUCUGCCGCAGGCUUACACCACGCUGGACGACUCCUGUGACGGCAUGAUGAGGGUCUUUGCCGAGACGUCCAAGGAGAAGCACGGCGGAAAGAUGGCCCAGUUUGACGGCAACAUCUGGGAGUGGUGA